GCCCUGUCCCAUCAACACACCUGCAGCUACAAAACGUGGCGAAACCUCAUAAAAAGUGGUGUAUUUGUGCACAGAAGAUGCCGUGUGCGACGUCCUGUGCCGUAUUCCUGCUGGCCGCCCUGAUCUCAUCCUCCCAGGCCCGCCGAGACGCCCCGGUGUGGUAUGAAGACGUCGCGAUACGCGAGGACGCGUCCGUCGGCAGCACAGUCAAGCACCUGCGGGACGUCGUUAAUGCCAGCGUUGUAGAAAGGAAUGGACCAUCCUGGUCAGUGAACAUCACCAGGGGCAACGAUUUGGGACGGUUUGAGGUCGUUCCUGAGAACAUGACGCUAACCGUGGUCGCGCAGUUGGACUAUGAGUUCCACCCGCGGCACAACCUGUCCCUGGAGCUGACAGAUACUGCAGACAACAGCGUCUGGCUCGUGAACCUCGUCAUCGUGGUCACGGACGUGCCGGGAUACCCGUCGCACUACAACAGGCGGUGCGAAACACCAGUUAUUCCUGAUGAUGGGACGGAUGAGAUCUAUGUACUGACAAGCACUGAAAGAAAUUACAAUGUUGUACUCGAUGGGACCACCACACGACAGUAUCCGGCCGACUUUUUCCUUUAUUGGCGUGACGAGGCCAUUGAUGUUACGAUGGAAGACUGCUCCCUUCGAUUGUGUGUUGCUUUGAGCCAACCCUUGAAUGAUGGGGAAGUUUUCAGCCCGGCGUUUAAGGCGCAUCAAGGUAGAAUCGAGUUUCAAUGUAGCGACAGACAGUUGAUGAGAAGUAAGGGUAAGGUUGUAAUUUUAGACACCUUUGAAUACAACUAUCCGCUGCCCGGGUGGGCACAGGGCGGCCAGUGCGACAUGGGCAUGGCGGAAGGGCUCCAGUAUGUGGUGCUUGUACAGGUUAAUGAGAUAUGGUCAACAUCGUCCUAUCGGAUACAAUGUAGCGCUGACGUAGAAUAUUACGAACCUCUGCAUGUGGAGUUCAUGUUCCAGUACGAUGUUACAGGGUGUCCCGAGGGCAGGUACGGUCUGUACUGUGACAAAGACUGUAUCUGUAAGAACGGUGCCCGUUGCCAUGGCUUUAACGGUGCCUGUGAGUGCCGCCCGGGAUGGAGAGGGAGGGUCUGUGAUAUUCCCUGGCCCGAGGUCGUCAUCGUAGAGACACCUGGCGAUUCAGUCGUGAAGUACAUCGGUACCAACCUGACACUGACCUGCCUGGCUCCACACAUCCACGUAGCAAAUAUGACGUGGGUUUAUCCAGCAGAAAACGCUCAUAAGGACACAAGAAUCAUUGAACAACGGACGGUACAAAACAGUUCCAUCAACUUUCAGACGAUCCUGGAAACAGCCAAUGAUGCCCGCCUGGCCAUUGGGGUGAAGUUUGUCAGCAGGUGUGCGAUUGUCAGCACGGAGGGACGUGUGACAGGUGGGAGGGUUGUCUGUGUCCUCCGGGUCGUCGUGGAGACAGGUGUGAGCAAACCUGCGCACCUGGCAGUUUCGGUUUGA